CUUCCGCCUCCGCACCCACCUCCCGGCUGGCCCCAGGUUGCAGCGCCAGGCCGCAGCCGCCUGCAGAGACCUGCCGCCAGCCAACGCCAGCGCUAUGGAGCGCGCCGGAGCCGGAGGAAUAAAUUCCAAUGAGUGUGAAAAUGUGUCAAGAAAAAGGGAAAUGUCAGAAGAAUCUGAAGCCAACACAGUGGAUUCUCUGGUAGAUUUGCCAUUUGCUACUAUCGAUAUUAUAGAUGAUUGUGGAAUCACUGAUGUACCUCAGAUAAAUUUGGAGAGAAGUAAAGAAAAGGAAUGGAACAAUAAAGAUAAAAUAAAGAAGAGGAAAAAAAAGCAAAAAGAUGGUCAACCCAACUAUUUCCUAUCCAUUCCGAUCACCAACAAAGAGAUUACAAAAGAAAUUAAGAUCCUGCAAAAUGCAAUAAUACAACAAGAUCAGCGACUGGCCAAAGCAAUGAACAGAGAUGGUUCCUUUCAUAUUACCCUGCUAGUGAUGCAGUUAUUAAAUGAAGAUGAAAUAAACAUUGGUAUUGAUGCUCUUUUGGAAUUAAAACCAUUUGUGGAAGAAAUCCUCCAAGGAAAAACUUUGACUUUGCCCUUUGAAGGGGUUGACACUUUUGGAAAUCAGGUUGGAUUUGUGAAGCUGGCAGAAGGAGAUCACAUAAACCCACUUUUGGAGAUAGCAGAUGCUGCAAAAAGGACAUUUCAAGAAAAAGGUAUCUUGGCAGGAGAAAGCAGAACUUAUAAGCCUCAUUUGACCUUCAUGAAAUUGUCCAAAGCACCAUGGCUCCGGAAGAAGGGAGUGAAAAAAAUAGACCCCAAAUUCUAUGAAAAAUUUAUCAGUCACAGAUUUGGAGAAGAAAUGGUACAUCGCAUAGAUCUUUGCUCCAUGCUGAAGAAAAAGCAAAGUAAUGGUUAUUAUCAUUGUGAGUCUUCAAUUGUGAUUGGCCAGAAACCUAUUGGAAUCCGGGACUUAAUUAAUGAAGCUUUGCGUCGAGAGAGGAUGGGUCUGCAGUCCAAAGUGAAACAGAUAAAGGAACUUUUAUUAAAGCCUGAGACUCAGGCCAAAAUUAGGAGGGAGCUUUUUGAAGGAAGAGUCAUUAACAACAGUAAUGAAGGAAAUGAUGUUGAUUUCAGCGCAAUUUUGACGUAAGCUCUACGUUGCUAUCAUGGUACCAGAGUUUAUGAAAUCUUUUCAGCUCAUUAAAUAGCUCUUUGGUAAAUACCACAGAAGUGUUCUGAUAGAGUCUGCACAACAGCAAACCAACAUUGGUAAGGAGUUAACAGUUUCUUACCAAAGAAAACUGAUUCUGCACUGUUAUUUUUAAGCUAGACUUGUGUUUUAGAAUGUUUAUCUCUAUAAUACCGAGGUUCAUUAUAUAGAAAGGACUUCUUAAUUAGCCAUUGUGAGAUGUUCGUUGGGUCCUCACAAAUAAAAUAUACAGACUGUGGAAAAUCAUUUACAGACAAAAAGAAAAAACAGUAUUUUAAGGGUAAGUUGUCCCUGUUGACAUGAUUUUUGUUGUUAAAUCAAAAGAAGCAUUGUUCACAUGUAUCUAUGCCUAUUGUUACUUUUAAUGAGACUUUGAAUGUUUAUUGAUCACUAGUACUUGAAUGAACAUUUAUAAAUGUAAUUAUUGCAGUCACUGGUUAAGAAUGUUUUAUAAUGUCCGUAUGUAUUACUUUUCAGUGAUCAAAAUGUAAUUUGCUUUUUUUUUUUUUUUUUUUUUUUUUUUUUGCAGUACGUGGGCCUCUCACUGUUGUGGCCUCUCCCGUUGUGGAGCACAGGCUCCGGAUGCACAGGCUCAGCGGCCAUGGCUCACGAGCCUAGCUGCUCCGUGGCAUGUGGGAUCUUCCCAGACCGGGGCACGAACCCAUGUCCCCUGCAUCAGCAGGCGGACUCUAAACCACUGCGCCACCAGGGAAGCCCUGCUUUUUCAUUUCUUAAUGAAUGUUUGGGAUUUUUAUUUUCUACUUUUCUGAAGAUAAGCCCCCGGUCUUACUGUAUCCCUCAUAAUCUGAAUUUGUUUGCACUGGUUCAUUUUUAAAGAAAAUUCUUGAAAAGUUUCCCUCCCAUACGAUAAUCACUAGUAACAGCUUUUUCUGUAGUCAGUGUAAAAUUGCUGCUACUAAGAGAUUAUGAUGGAGGGGGAAAUUAUUAGAGAUCAAAUAUGUAAUCAUUUUAAAGAUAAAAUCCAGUUUACUCAUGGAUUUUAGCUAUUUUUUCACUGGGUAAAUUAUACUACAUUUAUUUAUAAGUGAGUUUAUGCAUUUUCAUGCCCGUUAAUAAAUGUAUUGUUUU